AUGCGCACGACCCCCUUCACCACCAUCCUCCUCUUCGCCUCCCUCGCCUCUGCUGCGAUCCAGUGCGCCCCGACGGACAAGGACGGCACCCCGCUGCAGUCGUCGGAGGGCGAGGGCAACUUUGUGCGGUGCACAUAUGAGGGCGCGGGCCCGUGCGAGUACUUCCCCGCCAACGGCAGCUUCUCCAGCGGGUCCAGCCAGUGUCCCGCCGGCAUCGCGCAGGACACAAGCAACACGACGCAGGAGGUCUCCAGCGUCGGGUCAGGUGGCGCCCAGCAGAGCCCACCGGCGUCGGGCAGCCCGGCGACGUUCAGCAGCCCGCCCAUCACGCUGCAGUCCACCCGCCCGCCCGGCUCGUCCUCCACGGCCCCGCCCCCACCACCACCUGUCUCUUCUCCCCGGCCCAGCGGCAGUCCCGCCGGAAGCCCCGCGCCCUCCAGUUCUAGCACCGGCGCCGCAGCCCCCACAUCCGUCGCCAACUCCGCCGGCGCGAUCGUCUUCGUCGGCGGGGCCCUCCUAGGCGCGUGGUUGCUCUGA